GACCAUUGAGAGCAGCCUCUAAACCUAUCUUGUUCAUAGGUAGUUCCACAGACACUUGCAUAGUGCCUGACUCAUAAUAAAUGUUGAGCAGAUACUUACUAACUUCCCUUAAAAACAAAACAAAACUGUCUUCUUAUUCCCUUGCCUGUAAGCUCUGUAUGCCUGUCAGACUAGGCCUAGCACACUGUGCCUAGCACAUAUGUUGCUGUUUCUGAAUUGAAUGAAAAUGGGAAGCAUAAAAGCAGAUAAAAGGAUAAAUACUCUACUCCUGGGCUUCGUUGGGAAUUAUGGCUAAACACCAUCCUGAUUUGAUCUUUUGCCACAGCAGACUGGUGUUGCCAUUGGAAGACUUUGUGAAAAAUGUGACGUCAGGCCGGGCACGGCGGCUCACACCUAUAAUCCCAGCACUUUGGGAGGCCGAGGCGGGUGGAUCACAAGGUCAAGAGAUCGAGACCAUCCUGGUCAACAAGGUGAAACCCUGUCUAUACUAAAAAUACAAAAAAUUAGCUGGGCGUGGUGGUGUGCGCCUGUAAUCCCAGCUACUCGGGAGGCUGAGGCAGGAGAAUUGCUUGAACCCAGGAGGCGGAGGUUGCAGUGAGUCAAGAUCGCGCCAUUACACUCCAGUCUGGGUAACAAGAGCAAAACUCCAUCUCAAAAAGAAAAAGAAAAAUGUGAUGGCAAGUGUGUGAUUUGUGACUCCUCUGUGCGUCCCUGCACUCUGGUGCGCAUAUGUGAUGAGUAUGACUAUGGAUCUUACCAGGGGAACUGUGUGAUCUGUGGAGGCCCUGGGGUCUCUGAUGCCUAUUAUUUUAAGGAGUGUACCAUCCAGGAGAAGGAUAGAGAUGGCUGCACAAAGAUUGUUAAUUUGGGGAGCUCUAAGACAGAUCUCUUCCAUGAACGCAAAAAAUAUGGCUUCAAGAAAAGGUGAUUGGUGGGUGGCCCCUUCCUUCCCCACACAUCAAGCUGCUGCAGCUGCCAGAAAAGAUGCCUACUACUACCAGCAGAAAGGGAGCAGAGCCUAGAGCAUCACCAGGAGUGCCUGCUAGUGUACUGGCAGCUUGCCACUCUUCUCUCACCCAGUCACGUGGCAUGGAUGGAAAAGGUUUCUUCACAGGGCACUCUGGCACAGUGUAUCAGAGAAAAACUGAUAGAUUAGUUAAUGGUGUUUCUUGAAUUUUAGAAGCAAAGGUCUUUUCUCCAUAUUGGUAUGUUCUCCCGCAAACAAGAUCUUCUAAAAAGAAAUAUUUUAGUCUUCUGCUUGAGGAGUUGACUGUGAAGCUACGCCCAGUGAAAAACAUGUUCUCGCAGCAGCUCUGGUAACAGCUGUCCUUGAGGAACCUUCGGUGUGUGGUGGGAAGCUAUCAGCACAAGAAAUGUAGGCAUUUACUCUGUUUUUAAAUUUUUAAAAGAUGGGGUUUCACCAUGUUGGUCAGACUGGUCUUGAACUCCCGACCUCAGGUGAUCCGCCUGCCUUGGCCUCCAAAGUGCUUGGAUUACAGGUGUGAGCCACCACGCCUGGCCUGGCAUUUACUCUUUAAACCCUUGUGCUGGUGUUAUGUUAUUUUCCUUCUGAGAAAUUGGAAACCCUUUCUGUUGCUAUUAUAUUAAUAAAGUUGGUAUUCAUUUUCUGGUAAAAACAAAACAAACUCUACUCCUAUAGGACUGAAUGAAUACACCAAUUGACUGAAUGUGGGAAGGAGGGUGUGGCACUCCUAUCAGGGAAAGAGACUAUCUGCUUUCUCCCUUCUUCCAUCCUGGAAGUUGAGAAAGCUCGAGACAGACAGAAGAAACGGACUCUUUUCAGUCUAGAAAGAUGCUCACCCCUUCCUCAGAUCACUUCCACUGUCAUGAAAAGGGACUGUGAGGGAGCCCCAGGGAGAAAGGCAACUCUAGGUGGUGAUGCAAUAGUUCAGAAUCCAGAAUGGAUGUCCUCUUUGUAGCCAUCCUUGCUGUGCCACUUAUCCUGGGACAAGAAUAUGAGGAUGAAGAAAGACUAGAAGAGGAUGAAUAUUAUCAGGUGGCCUAUUAUUUUACAGUCACCCCCACUUAUGAUGACUUUGGUGCAGAUUUCACCAUUGAUUACUCCAUAUUUGAGUCAGAGGACAGGCUGAACAGUUUGGAUAAAGACACAACGGAAGCAGUAGGGACUACCAUUCGUCUUCAAAGAGCACGUGAAGACCAUCAGAAGCCUAUAACUGUGAAACCAGUAAUAACGGAACCACAGAGUCCAGAUCUGAACGAUGCCGUGUCCAGUUUGCAGAGUCCUAUUCCCCUCCUCCUGUCUUGUGUCCUUGUUCAGGUGGGGAUGUAUUUCAUGUAGAAGGUGGGAGAAGGCUGCUAUGACUCUCUGGGUGGGAGUUUGGCAAUAGGAAAUUGGAAGAUAGAAUAAAUGAUAAAUGAAAUAA